AUGGCAGGGUCCCUGGAGGUGAGCCUGACUCAGCCUGUCCGCACAAGCAGUGGCUCUGAACGGUCCCUGCUGGCCUCAGAUGAAAUGUGCAGCCUCAUCGUUGAAAAGGGGCAGGGGCAGGGACAAGUAGAAGAGGAUCCUGAUGCCAUUGUGAAAGGCUGGCUGCAAAGGGAGGUGCGAGGGAGUGUGAAGCCCUCCUGGAUCAGGCCCCGGAAGUACUGGUUUGUGCUGACCCAGGACUCCCUUGACUACUACAGCAGCAAUGAGAAGGGGGCCAGGCGCCUGGGCAUGCUGGUGCUCACCAGCCUCUGCUCCGUGCUGUGGCCUGACAAGCAGACCUACAAGGAGACUGGCUACUGGUCUGUGGUGGUGUUUGGCAGGAAGCACUGCUACCGCCUGUACACGGAGCACCUGAACGAGGCUGUCCACUGGGUGUGUGCUGUGCAGAAGGUCAUUGACAGCAAGGCCCCUGUGCAGACACCAACGCAGCUGCUCAUGCAUGACAUUGAGGAAAACUGUGAGAGCCCAGAGAUCUUGGAGCAGAUCUACCGCUGCAAUCCAAUUCUUCGCUACACCAGCAGCCCACUCUAUGCCCCCCUGCUCCCCUUCCCCUAUGGCAGCGUGGACCAAAGCGCCCCCAGUGCCCAUGGCUACACAACACUGCGUGAUGAGGCUGUGAAGCUCUUCAACUCUCUGCAGCAGUUGGAGGCAGAGCGGGACCCAGGGCCCCUGAUCCAGGGAAUCCUGCAGACCUGCUGGGACCUGCGGCCCCUUGUUGAUGAGAUCUACUGCCAGUUGGUGAAGCAGACCACAGAGCCACCAGCACCUGGGGAGCAGGGUGACCUGCGCUACUGGCAGCUGCUCACCUGCAUGAGCUGCACCUUCAUGCCCUCCCUUCCUGUCCUGCGCUUUCUUCACUUCCGCUUGGACAGGACAGAGAGCAGGUUCCCUGACUCGGAAAUGGCCAAGUAUGGGAGCUUUAUCAGGGAGGCCCUGGGCAAGACGCAGGGGCGGGAGUGUGUGCCCUCGCUGAACGAGAUUGCAGCGCUUAUCCAGCGACAGGAGAUGGUCUGCACUGUGCACUGCCCUGGUGCGGCCUCCUACAGCGUGGCCAUCAGCUCGCACACAACAGCUGAGGAGGUGGCCCAGGAGCUGGUGUCUCGGCUGGGCCUGUCCCAGAGCCCCAACAUCUUUGCGCUCUAUGAGCAGAGCCGGCACUAUGAGCAGCCUGUGGGGAGGGCCAUGUUGGUGGCUGACGUCCUCACCAGGUUUGAAAACCUGGCAGUGGAGGAGACGAUGCGGGACUCGUCCUGGAGACUGUGUUUCAAACACUAUGGCUUUUUGGACACAGAGAAUGUGCCACGUGACAGUGUGGAGUUCACCCUCCUCUUUGAGCAGGCCCACGAGAUGGUGAUCCGAGGCUACGUACCCACGUCGGAGGAGAUGCUGCAGACCCUGGCUGCCCUGCGCCUGCAGAGCCUCAACAGUGACUUCUCCACGCAUGCCCCCUUCCCUCGCCUGGAGGAGCUCUUCCCGACCAGUGUGCUACACACCCGCCUCCAGGCCCCCCAGCAGGCCCCUGCCUCGACCAAGUGCCCUGGCCCCCGCUUCCGUGCGGGGCUGCUGGCUGGCGCCCUGCCUGGUGGCCUGUGGGGUCACUCACUGGCCAAGCAGCAGGCUGAGCAGGACCAGAAACUGCGUGGGCGUCUGCGGGAGGAGGGGGCCAGCAUGAUGGCUGCCAUUGUGGAGAAGUGGAAAUUGCUGCAGGGCAUGGGCCGGCCUGAGGCCAUGGCAGCCUACAUGGCGCUGGUCCGGGAGUGGCCAGCUUUUGGCUCCACCCUCUUUGAUGUGGAUUUUCACACGAGCUUGGUGGGCACUGGGCCUCAGCGGCUGUGGCUGGGCAUCGGGGCCAAGGCUGUGUCACUAUACAAGCCUGGGGAGGCUGAGCCCAUGGACAGCUUCUGUUAUGGCCAUAUCUCCUCCUUCGGUGUGCCUGACAGCAGCACUUUCCGCCUCUCCAUAGGGGACAGGGAUCUGCUCUUUGAGACCUCCCAGGUGGAUGAGAUUGCCCAGCUCCUGAACAUGUACCUCACCAGCUUGGGCACCAGGCAGACGCCUCGGUUGGAAGAGCCAGCUGGUCACUGCAGCCCAGUGCAUGUGCCUGACUCGGGCCUCCCUCUCCCACAGGGACUGUGCUUUGCCCCUGAUCUCUGGAGUCACCAACCUGAUGCCAGCUCCUUCCCCAGUUAGCUCUCUGGGGCCAGCAUUCUAGUCCACGUGGCAUGAGCUGCAGUGCAGGCUAAUGUACCAGGAUCUGUAAGGUGCUGGGGCUGCCCCAGUUACUUGUGCCCUGCUGAUGGUAAAGGAGUGCCAGUCUGCCCCUGUGGCUGCUGUGCUAGGGAGCUCAGAGCUUGGGACACCGCUGGAGGAGCGAAGCGGACAGGCAGGAAUGUUGGGUUGGAGACCUUAGCUCUACAUGCUCCUGAGGAAAAGAUGCUGUUCCUGGGGGGUCCUCACUGCCCCCAGCUUUGAGUAGGGGUGUGGGGCAUCUGUCCUGGGCAUCCACUUCCCUGGGCAGUAGUUGGUUUCCCUCCCUGGUUUAUCUCCUUAACUUAUUUAUA